GAGGAGGAUGACUAAGAUGAUUCAGGGGUUGAGAAACUUGCCAUACGAGGAAAGACUCAAACAGUUAAACUUGCAUUCUCUAGAAAGGCGAAGGGUGCGUGGAGACAUGAUCGAGGUUUAUAAAUGGAUGAAGGGCUUUAAUAAGGGAGAUAUUCAUAAGGUUUUGUUGGUAAGAGAACCGGGUAGGACACGAAGUAAUGGGUUUAAACUGGAUAAAUUCAGAUUCAACAGGGACACAGGCAAAAAUUGGUUUACAAACAGGGUGGUGGAUGAAUGGAAUAGGCUUAGCAGUCAUGUGGUGAGUGCCAAUACAAUUGUCACAUUCAAAAAUAGACUAGAUAAAUUCAUGGACAGCGAUAUUAGGUGGGGUUAGAUACACGGGAGCUUAGGGUCAAAGGAGCACCCCAGAGGAAGAACAGGAAGAUAAUUAAAGGUCGUAAAGGAAGGAAGAUCAAGGAGUGACGACCUUAGAAGCGAUACGUAGCGCCAGGGGCCUCAAAAAGAAGGACCUUGACUGACUCGUAAGGCCUAAACAGCCCCCUAAAACACCCCAGAGGAAGAAAAAGAUAAUUAAAGGUCGUAAAGGAAGGAGAUCAAGAAGUGACGGCCUCAGAAGCGCUACAAAGCUCCAGGGGUCUCCAGAAGAAGAAUAAAUGACCUUGACUAACUCGUAAGAAUUAAUUAUGGCCUGACCAGCCCCCUAAAACAUCCCAGAAGAACAAGAUAAUUAAAGGCUAUAAAGGAAGGAGUGACGCCCUCAGAAGCGAUAUAUAACCCCAAGACCCCGAUCUCCCCCCACCAUGGCCGAGAACAGGACUUUGGCGCAGAAGAGUGAGAUGAUGCGGUUCUUUAAGCUGUACGGACUGAACUUGCGGAGCGACGUGGCAAGCUACCUGUGUCAGCUGCUGGAGCCUCUGCCGCAGGAGGAGCACACGCAGUGGGUGGAGGCGGUCAUCGAGGCACUGCAGAAGCUCCCCAUCACCUCCGACCAGAUCACCAAGGAGGCAAUCUACAGGGCAGCCGAGGACGCGGGGAACGUGCAAAACGUCAACCCCGACAGCGCCCUGGAGGUGAUCGACGUCUUCAAGAUUCCCCGCCUGACCUACGACGUGGACAAGAGGAAGUUCAUCAUUGAGCCGGCCGGAGCGCUGGACCUGCACGGGAAGGCGGCGGACAAAGCGACGCUAUUCAGAAACAGGUACAACAUCAUCCACCAGCGCACCAUCCAACACGAGUUAUUCAAGCAGCCGGUGUACGCCGACGCAGACCUGGCCGCCAGAACCUACUCCCUGAAGAAGGUGGAGUUCCUAUUGGGCGCCAGCUGUCGGCAGAAGAAGGUGCUGGUGCUGGGCCUUCUGACGUCACUGAAGGAAGGGAAAUACCACCUGGAGGACGACACCGGACACAUCGAACUGGACCUCUCCAACGCAAGCUUCCACUCAGAGCUCUCACGGGCACGUCCACCCUCGACCACGACCACGGACCCUAGGCCGCCGGUGUGUGGAGGAAAAGAGAACAAGGAAAGAACGAGGACAACAACAACACACUCAGCUUCCGCAAAGGUUGGGGCAGCCUCACCUGCAGGGCUGGACAGCAGCAUGAGUGGCCAGGACAAGCAGGAGCAGACUGCUGCAGGGGGCAGGAGGAAGGACAAGCAGGACCCGGACGGUGACAUCAUUAUGAGGCUUGAGUACGGUCUCCUGAACUCCUCGUCCCUGGAGCUGAUUGAGCGUGUGAAGCAGUUUGCCAACCUGGUCCUGGCCCUCAUGAUGCUGUUCGCCAGGUACAAUCACUGGAUGGUGGGCGACAAGUUUGAGAGACUCGCCCCCUCACUGGUGUUCUUCAUGCUAACCUGCCGGCUCAUCGCUGAGUACCAAAUCCACCGGAAGGAGAAGAUGGACAAGGCGGCGGCAGCGGCCAAGAAGUCACCCGCCGCAGCCGCCGAAGGGAAGGACGGAGGAACAGCCGCCAACUCCAUCGCUGGCGGCUCCACGUCUACUCUCGUCUCCUCCUCCUCCUCCUCCUCCUCCUCCUCCUCCUCGCCCUCCUCCUCCUCCUCUCAACAUGGACGGUCGAAGGAGGAUGUUUAGUGUGGAGGUGUUUGAUUGGGGUUUGUGGUUCAGUGUUUUUAUUUUCAUUUGUGUGUGUGUGUGUGUGUGUGUGUGUGUGUGUGUGUGUGUGUGUGUGUGUGUGUGUGUGCUACCCUUCCCUCCCUCCCUCACCCCAAUGUUUGUCUCUAGGUGUUUGUAGGCGAUAAGAUGACCUUUCAACACACCUUCUUUCUUUCCUUUAUUCUUUCCCUCUUUACAACGUUAUUGUAAGUAUACGUAACCUUAAACUAAUGAAAUACAAGUUACGUGAACCCUACCCUCGAGAUAUGUUAUUUUGAUCUCUGUACGUAUAGGCAAGAUUACGUCUCUUAAACUAACGAUAUAUAAGUUAUGUCAACCUUAACCUGCGAGGUGUAUGUAUAAGUAACCUCAAUUCACUGGUAUGUUUGUAUAAGUAACCACAAUUCAUUUUAUUUGUCAUAUGUUACUGUGAUCUCUGUAUGUAUAGGGAAGAUUAUGUCAUUUAAACUGAUGGAAUAUAAUUUGUCAACCUUACUUACGAGAUGUUUGUAUAAGUAACUUCAAUUCACACUUUGAUCUCUGUACGUCGAGGCAAGGUUACGUCAGCCCAGCACUCACUGUUUGCUUAUUUCUCGUGUUUACAUAGACGUAACAUUACGAUCCUUGUAUUGCUGUAGGACUUGUGUUGUGGAGAGGAAGUAUUGCUGUAGGACUUGUGUUGUGGAGAGGAAGUAUUGCUAUAGGACUUGUGUUGUGGAGAGGAAGUAUUGCUGUAGGACUUGUGUUGUGGAGAGGAAGUAUUGCUGUAGGACUUGUGUUGUGGAGAGGAAGUAUUGCUGUAGGACUUGUGUUAUGGAGAGGAAGUAUUGGUAUAGGACUUGUGUUGUGGAGAGGAAGUAUUGCUGUAGGACUUGUGUUGUGGAGAGGAAGUAUUGCUGUAGGACUUGUGUUGUUGAGAGGAAGUAUUGCUGUAGGACUUGUGUUGUGGAGAGGAAGUAUUGCUGUAGGACUUGUGUUGUGGAGAGGAAGUAUUGCUGUUGGACUUGUGUUGUGGAAGUAUUGCUGUAGGACUUGUGUUGUGGAGAGGAAGUAUUGCUGUAGGACUUGUGUUGUGGAGAGGAAGUAUUGCUGUAGGACUUGUGUUGUGGAGAGGAAGUAUUGCUGUAGGACUUGUGUUGUGGAGAGGAAGUAUUGCUGUAGGACUUGUGUUGUGGAGAGGAAGUAUUGCUGUAGGACUUGUGUUGUGGAGAGGAAGUAUUGCUGUAGGACUUGUGUUGUGGAGAGGAAGUAUUGCUGUAGGACUUGUGUUGUGGAGAGGAAGUAUUGCUGUAGGACUUGUGUUGUGGAGAGGAAGUAUUGCUAUAGGACUUGUGUUGUGGACAGACAAACAACGUAAUAUAAUCUUAUAAGGGAAGUAAGAGUGUUAUAAAAAUUGCAACAGUUUGUCAGAAA